GGGCCUGCGCGCGGCGAUGGAGCCCGGGAAGAGAAGAACCAAAGACGAUACUUGGAAAGCAGAUGACCUCAGAAAAUACCUUUGGGCGGCACAGUCAGCUGGUCCCAAGGAGGAUAAGAAACACAGAGAGAAGCAGCCGCAGAAGGAUCUGGAAACGGACCUCCCUGAAUGCCGGGAGCACAGACGCAGGGACCCAGAGCGGGACGCCAGGUGCAGAGACAGGGCGGCUGAGAGGGAGAAGCCACACAGGCUUCAGGACCAGGACCAGGACCGGCAUCGGGACAGGAGGAAGGACACCAGGAGCCGGGACAGAGAGAAGCCCAAGGAGGGACACUGAGAGCAGGCCACUGCUGAGAAGGCUCCCAGCCGGGGGAAGGAGCGCGAGAAGGGGGGCCACAGGGCACGGCGGGACGGGCUGAGGCAGGCAGCUGGCUGCCACAACCUGCUGGGCCGGGACGCGCAGGGGCAGCCACCUGACAGGCCAGAGCGCAGGACGCAGGCAGGUGUGUGCAGGGCGGCCUCCUCCCCGCUGCUCUCCGAGUUUUGUAAAUGCUGGGUGGUGGGUUUGCAGUUGCGGUAUGGCGACAGCAGGGACAGCCCUCUCAAGUACUGGCUGUACCAAGAGGAGGGCGAGAGACCGCACAGGUGGCAGGAGGAGAGGAAGCGCCGAGAAAAGAGCCACGCCAGGGAGAGGAGAGACAAGAGCGCGAAAGACAGCAGCCACUCACUGUCUGACAGGGGCGGGGAGGAGCGGCGGAGAGACCGGCGGCUUACGGAGGGCUUUCCUUCUGAGGACGAGCGGCUCCGGGGCCACGCGGACAGAAAGGACAGGCCGUGGAGGGAGGAGCAGUGGAGGAGGGCGGCCAAGAAUGGUGAGCACAGAAGUCGAGGUGCAGGUUCCAAGAAGGACGAGACCGGCAGCCAUUCAGCAGCACCCUGGGCAGGGAGUGAGGGGCAGCCGCUCCCAGUCCUCAUGCUCAGUUUCCAUGUCACGCUCCAGUUGCGGUAUGGCGACAGCAGGGACAGCCCUCUCAAGUACUGGCUGUACCAAGAGGAGGGCGAGAGACCGCACAGGUGGCAGGAGGAGAGGAAGCGCCGAGAAAAGAGCCACGCCAGGGAGAGGAGAGACAAGAGCGCGAAAGACAGCAGCCACUCACUGUCUGACAGGGGCGGGGAGGAGCGGCGGAGAGACCGACGGCUUACGGAGGGCUUUCCUUCUGAGGACAAGCGGCUCUGGGGCCAUGCAGACAGAAAGGACAGGCCGUGGAGGGAGGAGCAGUGGAGGAGGGCGGCCAAGAAUGGUGAGCACAGAAGUCGAGGUGCAGGUUCCAAGAAGGACGAGACCGGCAGCCAGUCAGAAAACAUAUGUUUUCCCAACCCAUUUGCAAGAUUCAAAUUUAUGAUUGGAUGUCUUAGUUAUAUGUUUCAUUUCUUCCUCCAGGAGAUUGGAAAGGAAGACGCUGACUCAGAAAACGCAGGAGCUGGUGAACAUACAGCCGGGUUUGAAGAUGAUUUUGAAGACUAUGAGGAUGACUUUGAGGUCUGUGACGGGGAUGAGGACAGCGGGCUGGAUGCACUUGAAUCAGCAGAGAUGGCAGAAGAGCUUCCCCCGGCCAGAAGGAGGGAGAUUGAAGAAAUUCGGAAAGCCAUCCAUGCGGAGAACGAACGGGUGGGCGAGCUGUCUUGGAAGCUGUUGGAGAGCCCAGGCCGGGUGGAGCGUGGAAGGGGCACAGGGCCAGGUGCAAACAAUUCCCCUUCCCAAAUCCCUGUUUGUGGAAUUCUCGUGGAUUUUGCAACAGCCUCACACCGUCAGAAGAGCCGGACUCAGGCACUUAAGCAAAAAAGCAAGAAGACUGUCAUUAUUAACUUUAAACAUUUUAAUCGUUUUCUUUUCAGUUGUGAGAAAUUGCUCUGAGGUCAAGACCCAGAGCUGACUCUGGCACACCUUGUUUUUAAGGCAUACGUUCAGUGUAACGAAGACCAUGUGAAGAGGGACGUGCAGACCGAAGAGGUGGAGACCCGGGAAGUGUGGACCCAGCACCCGGGAGAGAGUGCGGCUGUGUCUGGGGGGAGUGACAGCCCCUGUAAAGCCUUUUUGCUGUUUGCUGGAACCACGCAUGGCUCGGUGCUGGUGUGGGACCUGAGAGAGGACACCCGGAUCCAUUGCUCCCUGAAGCUGAGUGGGUGCUCCUGGACGUUCAGGACCUCAACGUUUUCUACUGACGGCGUCCUGACGUCGGUGAACCACCGCAGUCCCCUCCGAGCGAUAGAACCGGUCUCGGCGUCUGUCUGCAAAAGACAGAGCUGCGUGCUCUCACCUUUCUCUGCUCCGGAAGAGACGUCGGGUCUGUCGUUCCACAUCGCGUCCUUGGACGAGAGCGGGGUUCUCAACGUGUGGGUGGUGGUUGAAUUACCAAGGGCAGAUCUCGCUGGUUCAAUAAGUGACUUGGGGCUGAUACCUGGAGGGAGGAUCAAACUGCUGCACAGCACGGCCGUUCACCUGGGCGGCAGCCUUUUCCAUAAAGGCGAUGAAUUCUGGGUGUCCACACAAACACUGAACGUUAAAUUUCUGCCUUCAGACCCUGAUCGCUUUGUCGUGGGCACGGACAUGGGCCUCGUCUGCCACGGCACCAGACAGGAGCGGAGGGUGUUUCCCAGGCUGUUCAGACCCCAGCAACAGGGCGUGAGACCCGUAAGGGUGAACGUGGUUGACUUUUCACCUUUCGGGGAACCAGUUUUCCUGACCGGCUGCUCUGACGGGAGCCUCAGGCUGCACCAGCUGACGGCCGAGCUCCCACGCCUGCAGUGGGACCACAGCACGGGCGGCCGCGCCAUAAACGGCCUGCACUGGUCCUUGACGAGACCUGCCAUGUUUCUGGUCUGGGACGACGCGUCCUGCAUUUACAUCUGGGACCUCCUGGAGAGCGACCUGGGUCCCGUGGCCAAACAGUCCGUCUCCCCAGACAGGCUGGUGGCCAUGACUGUCGUGGGGGAAGCCGAGAAGACCCGUGGCAGCUUCCUGGCCCUGGUGCUGGCCAGAGCCUCCGGCAGCGUGGACGUCCAGUACCUGAGGAGGGAGUGGGCCACCCCGGCGGGGGACGAGCGCAGGAGGCUGCGUCUGCUCCUGCAGGAGGCCCCGUAGGAGCCGGGAAACCACCAACUGCGGGCGCAGCCCUGGCCGCAGCCGGGAGGGCACCCUCGUGUAGACGGACGGCGUGUGUUCCGCACGUGGUUCGUUCCACAGGAAUGCUACUUCAGUGCACCAGGAAGUAAAUCACUGUCUUCGAGUGGAAGCAGCAAGCACUUUAGUGAGAGAGCCACGCCCGGCUGCUCUUUUCUGAGGACAUUUCCACCUGUUUUCAGAGCAGCUUUAAAAUACUGUCACGUUUAUUAAGAGAUUUUUAAACAAUCCAAAUGAAAAUGUAUUUUUAAUUAAUACUUUUCUUAGUCAAGCAUAAAAUGACAGUCACAGGUUUAAAUUAAAGGAGUGACUCCACUAAAA